AUGUUGCGUAAGGCUACUCAGGCUCUCGUCCGCAGUGGUCGCAGCUUCAGUAAGCCACCCGCCGCAGCAGCUCUGUCGACCGAGGCGGCGGCGGCUCGAUUGCGCGGUGGCUUCCCACGUCCACGCUCGUUACAUUCUUCCUCACGUUCAUCGCCUCCUGCGGAUGGAACGGGUGCCAUCGUCGUGCCCGCUUCUGCUUCUCCCGGUGACGCGGUUGUGGAGGAUGGGCUCACCUUCUCGGGCGCUACCUCUCUGCCGCAGCAGGCCGAUCCGACUCUCCUCCAGUCGCGAGUUGUAGUCUACGAUGGUGUCUGUCACCUUUGCCAUGCAGGUAUUUCUCGUGCUUACAAGUAUCGCCGCCCUCCAUCGUUUCACUCCCCAGGAUUUUUGUGGUCUCCGGAGCGCAUUAAUGUCGAUUGAUCUGUUCCGAGAAAGAAAAUCAUUGCCAGGAUGAGUUUCAAAUUGGGGCAUGGAUUUCAAUCAAUACAGGUGUUGUUUUUUCACAACUGAAGAAAAAUGGUCAUUACGUUUCUUUAAUCAAAUAAUCAAUAAUUGACAUAAGCAUAACUCUCCAAACGCUGGUUUUCCGAGAAAAACUAAAAAUAUACUUGGACCGCUGGUUUUCAUGAUCUACAGCCGGUACUCUCCAAACGGAUUUUGUAGAAGUCGAUUUUUCUCAAAAUUGAUCGUUUUUAGUCAAUUCCAUACUCUUGCAAAAAUAUAUAUUUAUACAAAAAGUCUCAAAAUGAUUACCUAGUCGAGUCUACCCUGGUGAUUGGGCAUGAGGAUGUGUAGCAAGAUCCAUUUUUUAAUUGAUUAUUUGGACUCUUAGUUCCUUUGAUUUUUUGAGGUCUUGAUACAUAAAUUGACCAUUCUCCAGGGUUCAGCAUGAGAGUAUAACACUGACGUGGCACUCCUGUUUCGCUUUCAUUUGGAUCGCCGGUUCAGCUGCUUUGUUCACUUCUAUUGAGAGAUAUUAUACAUAGAUGAUGGUGUUACUGAAAUGCCAGUCUUGUCUUUCCUAGUUCAAUUAGCAAAUCGUUAAUGAUCGUUAAGGAAUUUAUGACAUACUGAUCAGACCAUGAAAAUUAAAUAAUUCUCUAGGCUAAAGGCAUUGCUAUAAAAAACUCGUAUUUUUUAGGCUCAAAGAGGAUGCUUCACAUCAUCCCAAGACCUAUGCGUUUGAUUAUGCAGAUGGCUAGUGACAUUAUGUUAUCUUUUUCGAAUUUACAUCAUUAAUACAUUGGUUUUUUAAGAUGAUGUUUUCCUUUGUGAUUCAAGGAUGGCUUUAUAUCACCAUCAUGUGAGUCUCAACUUGAGUUUUAUUCACAGAGGUUCUGUAUGUCAUAUUAAUUUUCUUGGCAAGAAUAGCAAACAUUGAGAUAAGUUUUUUGAGUCUUUUUAUUUCAAAGUUCCUGCUUUUUCUUGUCAGCCCGUUUUAUGCCAUGGAUUUAGCCAGAUUUCAUUCAUGUAUAAAGACGAGUAAACAAACCUGCCAGUGAAACUUUCAUGAGCAAACGUAAAAAUAAGGUAAUGGAUAAGAAGCUCUAAACUUGUCCUUUUUCAUUGAGUCAAGAAAUAACGAAUCCACAAGGAGUUCCAUAAUGAUUCAAUGCCUCAAUCUCCAGAGAAACAUUUUGAAACUGGCUAUGUAACUCCAGGAAUCCUGAGAAUUUUUGGUUUAGAGUGAUUCAUUUUCCUUUUUCUUCAGCAUUUUUACACUUAAUGGUUAGGCCUUUUAUUUUUUUCAUUCCUAUUUGUCAGAAAUAUUCUUGUUCAGAGUUGCUUAUUCAAAGUGGCCGCCUGAAGGAACCCUGGAAGCUGUACUGGAAGGGUUUCCAUUGUCAAGAAACUGAAGUAGAUGUCAUCUAGAGCUAUUUAUGUAUUUUUUCCUUUUCUGCUGACGUCAUUAGGUCUAAAAAAUAUGUUCUGCUCAAAACUUCUGUUAUGUGAAGUGUGUUCUUUUGGAACACCACAGCCGCAGACUUAGGUUCCUCACUGAAUGACCACCAGGGGAUACCCUUUAGUUGCUUUUGGAUACCUCUGCCAAUUUUGAGUUCAUCUUGGCCAACCUUUUUAAUUCUUCAUCGAUCUUGUUCAGAUCGUAUACUAUAGUGAUGGAAUGGAUCAGGUUGUGUCUACUGUUGCCUAUUGUGUAACCAGCUAAGACACUUGCCUACAAGAGCCUCAUGUAGUAUUCAUGCCACCAUAGUCCUCUCAGCAGGUUAUUGCUUUGCCAUCCUUGUGGGGGCGAACUUGGCAUAUCUCAGCUGACAUCAGCAUCCAUGCUCACUAGAUGUCAUUCAUACAGUUUUUGAUGUCUGUCUCAGUGUUGAUGUCUAUUUUUAAAUCUGAGCCAUACCAUACAAUAGAAAAGAGUGACUGAACAGAAUAUUCCACCCUCCCUUAUGACCCAUGAUUGCAUUUUUUUGCUCGGCUUCUAGUGGUUACGUCAUCCAUGCCGUGCAUGGAUGCAAUGUUCUUCAAUUCCAAUGAUGCCAAUACAACUACGUUCUAUUCAUGUAGUGUUUCAUCAAUAUACAAUGAUGAACCUUGAAUCUCGUUGAUACCUUUGAGACCUCAAGUUUCUUUGGUCUUCUCAUGAAUAUCAAUUCUGUCGUAUUCCUAUUUUCCUCUUGUGUCAUUCUCUUAACCCUCACGCUUUUGAGAUGCCAACAUAGUUUCACAUAAAGCUUCAUCCUGCUCUUGGUCAUCCUGUUUGAGAUGCAGCUCAUUGUGGAUGACUAGUGAGGGCUGUAAUCUCUCAGAUUCUCAUCCCUGACGUUCUUUGUGCAGUACAUCUUGUGAGUGAUUUGUUUUUCCUUCCACAGUUACUCAUAAUGCAAUUCUUUAGUGCUUCCCCUAAUGUCCAUGCCUCCAUCCAUCUCUUUAGAAAUCUGGCACUCAAGUUGUAUGCUUCUCUGAUGUGGGUUAGAUUGGAGAUUCCACUAUUUGUCAUUCACCUAAUUUUUCUUGGUCACUUCUUUUAAUUUUUGUAGGACGAAAACAUGUACUGGCAUUUUUAUCCUGCACAGGCUGAGUUUCAGUCUGAGACUAAUGAUUGUGUUGACAUUGUCUGAAUUCAGUAGCAUCUGAUAUUGGCAUCAGUUCCCCAGCCUAUACACUGCUACAGGAUGUCGACCAGGUUCUUUCCGAAUUCUAGUCAAUAUUGUCCUACCAGGAAUAAACAAAUCAGACUGACGAUGGAUAUCCUCUCUGAUACUCACUCUUCCAUAUAUAUCUACUCAAAGCAGAUUUCGGACCACUUAACUUGCCAGCCACUAUUUGCUUCGAGGUAUUGGUUGGAAUAUUGUAGAUUUAUCUUUUUUCCUCUUUAAUAAUAAUCUACCUCAUUUGUAUCUUGGCUUAUUGUGUAGUGUGUCACAAUGGUUCAUAACAUAUGUGCACGUAUGAGUGUGUGUGGUGUGGCCAUUCCACACUCAUAUAUGGGGCACCCUCGUUUGAAUGCAUUGCUAGUGUCAUUGUGAAGAUAAGAUUUACAUUUCUAAUCCUUUAAAUAUUUUCUUUUUUCUCCUCGCUCCAUGUCAUUCUGUUUCCGAAUUUUGGAUGACUUAUGGAGGUUAUUUCCCCAUUAAUUACAGUUAUAUGCUUUUCUUUCAGUUUUCUUAAAUUUUAGAUAGAUUUUCUCAAAAGGCUAACAGGAGGUUUUCAGUUAUAUAGCAACAGCUAACAUAACCCACAUUUAUACUUUUUCUUUACCAUACUGCUUUUUCAAACACAGGAGGUUUAUUUCUUGCCCAGUAUUCCUAAUACAUCUAAGUUUUUUCUUCUGGAGGUGUGAACUGGGUCAUCAGGGCUGAUAAACAUCAGAAGGUAAAAUUCUGUUGUCUCCAGUCAAAGGCUGCUGAGCCCUACUUAAAGUUGUGCGGUCUUGAUCGAGAAGAUGUCCUAAAACGAUUUUUGUUCGUUGAAGGACUUUAUUCUUAUCAUCAAGCUUCCACAGGUUACCUCAGACGCAUUAUCUGUAUUUUCAUGAAUUACAUGUAAUGUUCUGCUUUCCUUUGUCGAAUCUGUGCUAUAUUAUGGUCUUUUCCUUCCUCCAUGAAUUCUAUAUCGGAUUUUCUCUAUGUUUCUGCGAUAGUAGAAUGUUUUUUUUAUCUUUUGCCUUCAAUAUGGAUUGGGUACCAAGGAAGACAAUGUAUCGGCUCAUUCAGGAUACCUUUUUUUCUUGUUUGAGUAUUGUACUUGCUCAGACUCGUGCUCUGUAGAGUAGUAUAUCUUUGUCAUACCUUCUUAUUCUUGGUUCAGUGUUUCGUCAUCUUUGGUCUCCCAGUCGUUAUCAAGGUUUCAUUAUUUGAGAGAUAGGUUAGGAAAUUAUUUGUAAAUUUUGUUUCUUUUUUGCUCUUCCCGAAUUGACCAAAAGAGAGGUCAUACAGGACCAGUUGACUGCUCUCUAAUGGGUUUGUGUCCCCCUACUUACUUCGAUUAGAAUAAUUUGUAGAUGGUCCUCCACAUACUCCUAGAGUGAAUAAUCAUACUAUUUUAAUGUCUUCUAAAGGUUUAGUCUCAUCUCUCUAAUCAACUUCCGUGACCUCUCUGUUAGGGGCUUGCACUUAAAUGCACUUUAUGCUAGAAAAUAGAGUGAUACAUAUCUAGGGUUGUAAACAUGGCCAGCCUUCUCUCCUAUUUACAUACAGAGAGGAGAGAGGCGGCAGUUCACAUAAGGCUUAAUAUGGGCCUAGUGGCCCCAGGGACAUACUAGCAUAACAACGGAUCUAUUAUAAUAGACUUUCUCACAGAAAGCUUAUGGUUUUCUUAUCUGUGCUCUCUGCUGUGAAUGUGGAAUGAGUGAAGCUGUCUGUCGUUGCAGAAUAUGAUGAUAAAAUUCAUUUAUUAUUGCAAGUUGGCGCAAGAGUAAUACUCGGGUCAUUGUAGACUCAUUCAUUUAGAGGAUUCUUCUUUCGUACUAUAUUUUUAUUAGCGGCAUUUCGACUACUAUCUGAAAGUUGGCGAGAAAGUGUUUUACUUACUGAGAAAAAGAAGAGGACGUUCUGUUUAGUCGGUUAAAAAAUGUUUUUUUUUAUUCCUGUUAUGGUUUUCCUUGCAGUUUUUUUACAGUGAGGGUUGAACAUGUAUUUUUUCAAAAAAACUAAUAGAAAAGAUUUGUUACGGAGCCUUUAAGGGUUUGCAGGUGAAUAUUUGAAAUCAUCUGAUUACACAUCUGCGGUUCUGCUGCUGCCUAGGAACCUUUGUCAUCAACCAAAAGUCCAUGUAAUUUAGAAAAUUUACCAGCCUUCAAGCUAUAUAUAACAUCCCGUUUUACAUUAUAUUUCCCUGCUUUCUUAUAGUUUCUCGCUACACUUGAUAAGAGUUCCGAAUUCUGUAUCCCUUUGAGCAUUCACGGUCUCAACCUGACAUCCAUAUCUUUUUCUGUGAUGUCUUGCAGCUGCAUUGAGAGUUCUAUCCUACUUACCAUUCCCUUAUUCAGCUCUGAGCAUGCUCCUCGUGAUCCCGUCCCCACUAAGGGAUCUGAUUUACGAUUAUGUCGCAAAGAGGCGGUACGGUUGGUUUGGGAAGGAAGAAAAGUGCAUCAUUGUGUCAGAAGAGCAAAUGCUCAGUCGUUUCAUCGAUAGAGAUGAACUUAGAGCCAACGAUGAGGAUGUGACUUCUUAG